UCGUGUUCAUCUGAAGAAAGAAAGUCGUAUACAGAUGGGAUGGCAUUAAGGUGUAAAAUUAUGGAUUUCCUUUUGUGUUCCACUGAGCUGCAUUUCAAUUGUUGUUGUUGCAGAUAGAUGUGUUUGCUAUUGUCAUUGCAUUUUAUUUUCUCCUUUUAAUCAAACCUUAUGUCAAAACAUUUGAUUCAGUUCAUUUAUAAGCAAUUUCACUUUGCAUUGAGAAGAUGGUUCAAUAUGAUGAACCAUCAUAUUAUUUAUUUUUUGCCAGGUUACUUCUACUUUUUAAAACUUGAGUUUAAUACUUGAAUUUAAAGUUGUACUUUUUCCCUUUUACUCAAGUAUGUUUUUGACCAGAGAUACUUGUAUUUUAAUUGAGUAAAAUUUUUUACCGAGUAUCUGUACUUUCACUUGAGUAUAAUUUUUGAGCCCUCAGAACAAAGACGCUGCCAGGCAACAAGUUUGUUGUAGUUACACUGCUGAGUCCAUAGCAACGGAAGUGAGCUGCGGGAAAUGCGCUGAUGUCUGUGCUAAGCCGGUUUGAUGAUUUGCCAUAAGAAUAAAGGCUGAAAAAAUAUACAAUUUUAAUUAUUCGGCGACGGUUUGUAAGUUUUAAUAAAAUGGAGAUGACCGAGGAAGCGGUGAACAAUGAGAGACUGCAGGCUGCGGCGCGUUUUAAAGCUUUCAUGAUGAAGAACAGCACAAAAACAAACCUCAACCUCUAUGACCACCUUGUGCGACUGUUAACCAAAGUUAUGGAUGAGCUUCCAGAGAACGCAGUCGAUGUAAUAGAGGACAUGAGUUGCGAGCUGAAAGGAAAUAUACUUCAGGAGAAGCAGGACACCUUGCGAGACAGUCCGUCCUCCUCCGCAGCUCUGUUACUGGCCGAGCAACAGAAGGCGCUCUUUACGCGUGUGGUCGUUGAUGAAGGUGAUCAUGAGGAAGAUUUGGUGGAGUCUCCUUUACCGAAUGUUGCAGAACUUGCGUUCUUCUUUGAGCAAGCUGGUGUGGGUCUGGGGAGAGAGGAGAUGCAGAGAGUCUUUCUGGCUUUGAAACAGCUGGUGGACUCACAGUGUCUCCUGCGCUGUCGAUUCUGGGGCAAGAUCCUCGGCACACAGGGCAACUACCUGGUGGCUGAGGGGGAAUUCAGAGAUGGUGAAGGAGAGGAGGAGGAGACAGAACAGACACAUGAGGAUGAGGACAGGGAGGAAGAGGACAAGGAUGAAACGGAGCUUGUGGAAGCUGCUGAUCCUCCCCCCAAAUCGACGUACAAGCCACCUCCACCAGUGCCGAAGGAAGAAAAUCACACCGGUGUCAACAAAUACACUUAUUUUGUGUGUCAAGAGCCCGGCAUGCCGUGGGUCAGACUGCCGAUGGUCACCCCUGCUCAGAUUACAGUAGCACGCCAGAUCCGCAGGUUCUUCACAGGCAGGCUUGAUGCUCCUGUUUUGAGUUAUCCUCCCUUUCCUGGCAAUGAGACCAACUACCUGCGUGCCCAGAUCGCACGGAUCUCAGCGGGCACGCACAUCAGUCCUCUGGGAUUCUAUCAGUUUGGGGAGGAUGAAGGUGAAGAUGAUGCACUGCGAGACAGCUAUGAGGAGAAUCCUAACUUUGAGGGCAUCCAUGUAAAUGAGAUGGCCGAGUCUCUGAAUCUAUGGGUCCAUCAUAUACAGCAUAUACUUACACAGGGCCGCUGUGUGUGGGUAAAUGUAACCAAGAAGUCUGCGGAUGACGUGGAUGAAGAUGCCGAGGAGGAAGAGAAGGAGGAGGAACCUGAUGAGCCGGAGCCAGAAGUCGGGCCUCCUCUUCUGACACCUCUGUCUGAGGAUGCAAAGAUUACUGACACCCCACCUUGGAGCUCCAUGAUCUCCUCUAACCUCAUUCCUCAGUUUGCCAUCGCUGUGCUGCGCUCCAACCUCUGGCCUGGAGCUUAUGCUUAUGCUAGUGGCAGGAAGUUUGGAAAUGUAUACAUUGGUUGGGGGAUGAAAUAUAUCGGAGAGGCAUACACCCCAACCAUUCUUCCACCGCCCCAAAAUGAGUACCCCAGUGGGCCUGAAAUCACAGAGGCCCUGGACCCUAGUGUGGAGGAAGAACAGGCUUUGAAAGCUGCCCUGGAGGAGCAGACGGCAGCCCUGGAUGAGACAGAGGAUCUGGAAGAUGAGGAGGAGGAUGAUUAAAACAGACAAAAAUAAACCUGCUUCAGAAGAGGGGGCUCUUAUUUUGGUCAUUAUGGUAUCAUCUGGAUGCAAUGAAAACAUUACUUCAAUGUAAAAUAACUAUUUUAAUGCAUUUUAAAAUGUGAUUUGCAAAGCUGAAUUUUCAGCAGCCACAACUCGAGUCUUCAGCAUCACAUGGUCCUUCAGAAAUCAAGCUGAUUUGCUGCUCAAGAAACAUGUAUUAUUAUUAUUAUCCAUGUUGAAAACAGUUGUGCUGCUUUCUGGAAAUCCUAAUUUUGCCAGCACUGUGAUGAACAGUAACUUAAGAGCAUUUAGCCUUAUCUUUUGUAACAUACACAUAUUUACUUUUAAUUUUGAUCAAUUUAAUUCAUCCUUUCUGAAUAAAAGUAUUCAUUUCAUAUCUUACUGAUCGCAGGCGUUUGAGAAGUAGUGUAUUUUUAUACUCCUACUGUCGAUAUUGAUCUGAGCCACUUAUUGAUAAAUAUGUACCUUUACAUAAAUAGAUCUCUUCCC